AGACGCAGUUCGAACGGUUGUAGGAUGAGAUUAAUAAGUUGCUUCGUGCUGGUCUUAGUGACACUGGUGCGUGCCCAAUUCGACACCAACCAGUGGGCAAAUCGUAGUGGAAUCGUGCACCUGUUUGAAUGGAAGUGGAAUGAUAUUGCGGAUGAGUGUGAACGAUUUUUGGCACCAAGGGGCUAUGCAGGAGUUCAAGUUUCGCCACCAACGGAGAAUUCGAUCGUAAACGAUCCAAAGCGACCUUGGUGGGAGAGAUACCAACCGAUUUCCUACAAAUUGGAGACUCGUUCUGGGACGGAGCAGCAGUUUGCUGAUAUGGUUCGCCGUUGCAAUAAUGUUGGAGUGAGAAUCUAUAUAGAUUUGGUGAUCAACCAUAUGGCUGCAGCUACUCACAAUGGAGGAACGGGUGGAUCCACUGGAAAUGCUGGAAAAAUGCAGUUUCCGGCUGUGCCAUAUGAACGGAACGAUUUCCAUGAGCCAUGCUCGAUCAAUGACUACAACAACGCUUGGGAGGUUCGAAACUGUCAGCUUGUUGGAUUGCCAGAUCUUAAUCAAACAACUGAAUGGGUGCGGGAUAGAAUUGUCGGUUUGAUGAAUAAAUUUAUUGGCUAUGGUGUAGCAGGGUUCCGUGUGGAUGCUGUGAAGCACAUGUGGCCAGCAGAUUUGAAAGUGAUUUACGGAAGUGUCAGGAAGCUCAAUGCAUCUCAUGGAUUCAAAUCUGGUGCUAAACCAUUUAUCGCUCAAGAAGUAAUCGAUUUGGGUGGUGAAGGCAUUUCGCGGAAUGAGUAUACUGAUUUGGGAACUGUAACUGAAUUCCGGUAUUCGGUGGAGAUUGGGCGCGCAUUUCAUGGUUCCAAACAGUUGAAAUGGUUGAACAACUGGGGCACUGAUUGGGGUUUCCUGGCAUCGCAUUUGGCGCUUGUAUUUGUCGACAAUCACGAUAAUCAGCGUGGGCAUGGUCCAGGUGGAAGCGACGUUCUGACAUAUAAAAAUUCUAAAAACUACAAGAUGGCAACCGCUUUCAUGUUGGCCCAUCCGUUUGGAAUACCUCGUGUUAUGAGCUCAUUUGCAUUCGACUCUUCGGAUCAGGGACCUCCUCAGGAUGCCAAUGGGAACCUUAUUUCACCUUCAAUUAACGAAGACGAAAGCUGUGGGAACGGAUGGAUUUGCGAACACCGCUGGCGACAGAUUUACAACAUGAUUGGUUUCCGGAAUGCAGUCGUAGGAACGCAGUUAAAUGAUUGGUGGGAUAACGGAAACCAGCAGAUAUCUUUCUGUCGCGGAGGGAGAGGAUUUAUUGCAUUCAAUCUGGAUAGCUACGACUAUAAUCGAGAGACGCAAACAUGUCUACCAACUGGAACGUAUUGUGAUGUAAUCUCCGGUAGUUUGAUAAACGGGACCUGUACGGGUAAAAGUAUCGCUGUUGGAUCAACCGGUCUUGCCAGGAUUCAUAUUCCAGCUGCGGCCAAAGAUGGUGUUCUAGCGAUACACAUCAACGCCAAGAUGUAAAGCGCGUCCCACACACGACACACAGGAACUACUGCACCAUUCAGUAUAUGCUUUGUAAAUACUAAUUGAAUAAAUUUGACGUCAUUUUUCAAAACCCCGCCGGUUUCCCA